AUGUCUGGGAUAGCAACAGCACUUAGACUUAAUAACGGAAAUGACGAUGAAGGUGUAAGACAAAGAAAGGAUGCAAAUGAUACAGUUGAAGAUCGUCCUGCAUCUUCGUUACUUGAUGAUGAAGAUAUAUCCACGACUGAAGAACUAUUGAUAGAGCAUUUAGACAAGUUUUUAUCCUCUGUAGAAUCUAAAUUAGAAAGUUUUGAACAGUAUUUUAAGGCAGCAUCAAAGGGAGAAGUCCUUGAGCAAAAGGUGGGAUCUGAUUACGAGUCCAGUCCUAGCUCUAGUCCUAGUCCUAGUCCAAGCCGUUCACUACAACAUAGAAGGAGAGAUCUGACAGCAUCCUUGAGAGAAAUCACUAGUUAUUCAAUUGCAAAUUUAAAAUCAAUGUACCAAAGAAUGACUAUGAUUAGAGGAUCGGUCUUAAAGACCUCUGUUACCAACUUAGAAAACCUCUACGUAGCCUUGGAAGAGCAUUAUCAAUACUUCACCAAACGUGAAGAUAUCAAGAGCAGUGAUGCUGAAUCUUAUAAUGACUUCAGACAACCAGUUGAGUCAUCGACUCCAAGUGCCGUCUUUGACAGUGCAGAUUCUGUACGUCAAAAAAUAUUGACCACCCUAGAAUACUUGGAUGAAAAGUUUACCAAGGUCGAUAACUUGAUCCAAGCUCAGAAAACUCCAAGAGCUCAAGAUGAUUACAAGUCUUCAGUCUUCCGCCAUUUCAAAUAUUUUAAUUUCAAUAAGGCCUUGAAAUCUGCGGAAGAUCGUCACUUACAUUACUAUGAGUUGCCCUUGAACUGGAGAGAAAACCGUUAUAUAAUUAACGGGUACAGAUUCCUGAUGAAGCAUGGAAACACCCUCAAAUCCAUGUUCAAGUUCAACCAUAACGAAUCUGCUAACAUUUGGACUCAUGGAAUUGGAAUAUUCGUUGUAUUUUAUUUGGCAUUCUACCAUUUUCCCUCGACAGUUGCAUAUCAGAAGAAUAGUUUUGUUGAUAACUUACCCAUGUACUUCUUCUUCUUUGCCGCAUUGGAAUGCUUUGUCAGUUCGGUGGUGUGGCACACAUAUUCUUCAUUCGCUAAUUAUAAAAUUAGAUCAACCUGUGCAUGUAUAGAUUAUACUGGUAUAACUGUAUUAAUUACAGCUUCUGUCAUUGCAGCUGAGUAUUGUUCGCUCUAUGCCCAUCCCAAGUUCUUAAGGAUAUAUAUUGGGUUUUCAUCCUUAUGUGGAGGAGCUGGGUUUAUUUUCAACUGGAGCCCAUACUUUGACAAGCCAGAAUGCAAGAGUCUUAGAAUAUGGUUUUUCAUGGGGUUAGCCUUCUUGGGAGCUUCCACUGCAAUUGUUUUCUGUUUUUAUGAGGGAUUUAUGAAAUCCUUUUUACACUUCAGUCCCUUGUUUUACAAGAGUUUUGUAUGGUAUUGGAUUGGUGUAGUAUUUUAUGGAGGUUUGAUCCCUGAACGUUGGAGAUACGACGUUAUUAUCAAUGAAGACGAAAGUAGCUGUAAGCACAAUAGAAGUGUAACAGAAGUUAUCGAGGGGGAUAUUGAACAUAGUGGUAUAGAGGAAAUGAAGGAGAUUGAGGAAGAGAUAGGAAGACUGACCUCAAGAGAUAAUGCUGAUGACGGUGAGGAGGAGGAGGAGGAGGAGGAAGAGGAAGAGGUAGACCCUAACAGUGAACAAAAUGAUGACGUUAUAGAUGAUGAGUACCAAAACAUUAUUGAGAAGCAUUUCCCCACGAAUCCAACCCUCACCCCCUACCAUAAUGAUUUCUUAUCGUUAUGGUGGGUAGAUUAUUUUUUAGCGAGUCAUAACAUAUGGCAUGUGUGUGUUAUGUUUGGAGUAGUUGGGCAUUACGCAUGCAUAGUUGAUAUGUACGAGCAAAUGAGUAGAUAG